CCCAUGUGGAGGGUGACGGCCUUCAUCGGGAACAACAUCGUGACGGCGCAGAUCAUCUGGGAAGGGCUGUGGAUGAACUGCGUGGUGCAGAGCACGGGGCAGAUGCAGUGCAAGGUCUACGACUCCAUGCUGGCCCUGCCGCAGGACCUGCAAGCCGCCCGCGCCAUGGUGGUAGUGGCCAUCGUCUUGGCCAUCCUGGGCACCCUGGUUGCCGUCGCCGGGGGCAAGUGCACCAACUGCGUGGAGGACAGCACCGCCAAAGCCAAGGUCAUGAUCCUCUCUGGCAUCAUCUUCAUCAUCGCCGGGGUCCUCAUCCUCAUCCCCAUCUCUUGGUCAGCCAACACCAUCAUCCAGGACUUCUACAACCCAAUGGUCAGCGACUCCCAGAAGCGGGACCUGGGGUCGUCCCUCUACGUGGGCUGGGCGGCCUCCGUGCUCCUGCUGCUG